AUGAAGAUCUUAGAUAAUACACACAAUGAAAAGACACAUUUCUGGAAGAUACAAGAUCGUGGAUACGCAGCUCAACUUCUUGCUAGACUAUUAGGGCUUCAAAUUUGUACUGAUGUUACUUGGAAAAUAGAGCAAUUAAAAUUUAUGUUGGAACAUGCAUUUUUCACAAAUGCAACUGAUAAAUAUCAUAUAAGUCAUGAGUUAGCAGCCAUCAUAAGAGACUCUUUUAUGAAAGCACUCAGCCACAAACAACCAAACAUGGAAACACUUAGAAUAACCCUAUCUACACUUGUUCAUCAUACUAAUGAAUUAUUAAAAGAUGGGCGUCAACGGUCUAAAACUUCAAAUGAUGAUAUGACUAGUUGGAAAAAAAUGGUUAAAACAACCAAAGACAUAGAAAAAAAAUUAAAGAAAUGUGAAACAAAAUCUAAAGAGCAGUCAAUUCUUUUUGUUUUCCACACUUUGUUUUUGCAAAUGGGAAUAUAUUUGUUUGUUGAACCAUCAGUGGCUAUUGACACAUUACAAGAGUUACAAAAUUGUUAUGAACACCAUACUAACGAUAUCGAAAACGAAAAAAAAGACGAACUCAAUUGGGUCGAAGUUGUAGUAGAGCUGAUGUUAUCAUUAUUAGCUAGAGAGUCUUAUUUAUUAAGACAAUUAAUUUCACGUAUAUUUUCACAUUUAUGUUCAGAAUUAACACCUCAAGCUUCUCAUCAAAUUUUACAAGUUUUAAAUCCUCAAUAUGAUACUGCAUCAAAUUCAAUGGAUGAUAGUGAUGAAGAGUCUGAAAGUGAUAAAGAAGAAGAAGAUGAUGAUGAUGAAGAAAAUGCUGAUAAUGAAACAAAAGUUAAUGGCAAUGGAAUUAAUGGUCAUGAUUUAGAUAACGAAGAUGAUGAAGAAACUGAUGGUUCAGAAACUGAUGAACAAUCUAGUGAUGACGAUCAAGAUAAUACUGAACAGUUAAAAUUAGCUUUACACAAAGCAAUGAUGUCGGCUAAUCAGCAUUCAGAUGAUGAAUCUGUUGAUAUUGAUGAUAUGACUGAGGAAGAUGGUAAAAUGAUGGAUGAUUUAUUAUCAGAAGCAUUUAAGAACUAUAAGAAAAGUUCUAACAAAAAUCCUAAACACAUUAAAGAGAAAAUUAAUUUUAGAUUGAGGGUUAUGGAUUUGGUGGAUGUCUAUUUGGAUAAUAAUCCAUCUUUGUGUCUCAUAUUAGAUACUAUUCCAACAUUGUUUGCAUUAUUGGAAUAUUGUAUUAAGGAUAUUCAACAGUGACCUUUGGAGACUCGAGUUCGAUCAGCUUUAAAAAAAAUCAGUCAGAUCAAAAAAAUUAAUAAUACAGAUGCUGUUGACGAUGAAUUAAUCUCAAUGGUCUUAAAAGUUUUAAUGGAUAAAGGUGUACGAACUGCACCUGUAUUUUUGGAUAUUAGUACACACAUAACACAGUGCUGCACAUUCCUUGUAAAAUCAUAUGUCCACAUAAUUUCUGGGUUGCCAAAAAAAAAAAAACAAAAAACAACUAAAGUAAUUAGUAUUUUGGAGGAUUCACUUAAAGAUUUCUUUACUAAAAGAGACUGUUUGUUACCCGUAUCUUUAUUUGAGUCGUUGCUGUCCAAAGUAUUAUGGAAACGAAAUAUUAAUUUAGUUGAGAGUAUUCUGCCAUACGCCUUUAAUGAUUCAAUUAGAUGGUUCAGACGAUCACAAGCUAUAUGUAUGUUAGUAUCAUUUUAUCAAAACACAAGACUCUUGGAACAAUUAAAGGAUGAUACUCAACUUGAUGAGAUAGAAAAGAAUUUGUCUGACUUUAUUAUAAAAUUCUUCACUUCAUUGGAUGACAGUCAACCAGAUGUGUCUGGACGCCAGAGGUACAUAAAUGAAUUGUUGAACAUUUUGUGUAUAAUUUGUGGUAACAAAUUCUCACAUCAUUGUUGUGAUUGGGUUCGACUUGUGGAGCUUUUAGAGAGCUCUACCAGUAGAUUCAAUCAAGUAGGUCGUAAAAACUGGAAUAAACUGCGACAGGCUGUUCAAAAAAUCAAUACUGCCAAAAUAAAUGUUAGAAAUAACCACUUGGAUGAAAAUGUCGGCCCAAAAACACCUACUGGGAAAACACCUGUUAAAAGAAAAUCAUUAGUUGUGUCAAACAAAAAAAUUAAAAAAAUUAAAAACAUCAGCGAUUAAAACAAGGAAAACUAUUA